UGAUGCUAAUAUAUCCAUGCCAAGUAGUUAUUAUCAGCUCAUCCUUAAUCGUCCGGCUCACCCUAUCUAAAUUUUGAACUCUGAGGAAAUAGUAAGUGCCCAAUGGAUUGGUCAGCGGUAGUCCUCGUCGUCCUCCUCCUCCUCGAGCCUUCGCCGUGUGCAUCCGACGACCGGCUGGACCUCGGCAAGCCGCUCUCCCCCGGCACCACCAUAGUAUCCGACGACGGCGGCUUCGCCUUGGGCUUCUUCACCCCCACCAACUCCACCUCCACUCCGGCCAAGCUCUACCUCGGCAUAUGGUACAAUGACAUCCCAACGCUCACCGUGGUGUGGGUCGCCAACAGAGAAACCCCGGCCACGAACACCACCUCCUCCACACCGACGCUGUCCCUGACCAACACGUCCAACCUCGUCCUCUCCGACGCCAGUGGCGUCGUCCUCUGGGCAACCAACGUCACCGCCGUCUCCGGCAGCUCCUCUCCGGCCGCCGCCGCCGCCAUGCUUCUCAACACCGGCAACCUCGUCAUCCGGUCCCCGAACGGCACCGCCAUAUGGCAGAGCUUCGACCACCCCGCCGACUCGUUCCUCCCCGGCAUGAAGAUCCGGCUCGCGUUCGCCACGCGCGCCGGCGUGCGCCUGGUGUCGUGGAAGGCACCCGGCGACCCCUCGCCGGGGACCUUCUCCUACGGCAUCGACGCCGGCACGGCCCUGCAGCUCUUCCUCUGGAACGGGACGCGCCCGCUGAUGCGCGACGGGCCAUGGACGGGCUACUCCAUCGCCAGCCGGUACCAGGCCAACGCCAGCGUCUUCGUCUACCAGGCCAUAGUCAGCACCGACGAGGAGAUCUACCUGACCUACACCCUCUCCGACGGCGCCGCCCGCGCCAGGUUCGUCGUGACUGUCGCCGGCAGGUACCAGCUCCAGAGCUGGAAAGGCGGCGGCUCGUCGGCGUGGUCGGUCCUCGGCGACUGGCCGGCCUGGGAGUGCAGCCGCUACGGCCACUGCGGCCCGUACGGCUACUGCGACAACACGGUGGCAGCGCCGACGUGCAGGUGCCUCGACGGCUUCGAGCCCGCCGACGCCGAGGAGUGGAGCGGCGGCGACUUCUCGCGGGGGUGCCAGCGGAAGGAGGCGCUGCGGUGCGCCGCCGGCGACGGCUUCUUGGCCCUGCCGGGGAUGAAGUCGCCGGACAAGUUCGUGCGCGUCGCGAACCGGACCCGCGACGAGUGCGCGGCGGAGUGCGCCGGCAACUGUUCCUGCGUGGCGUACGCUUACGCCAACCUGAGCACCACCACGACGGCGGGGGACGUGACGAGGUGCUUGGUGUGGGCCGGCGACCUGAUCGACACGGAGAAGAUGGGUGACGUGGUAGGCAGCGACACGCUGUACCUCCGGCUUGCAGGCUUGGAUGCAGCCGUGCAAGGUGUCAGAGGAAAGAGCAAUGCACUAAGGAUUGCUCUGCCAACAGUUUUGACGACUAGCAUUCUAAUAAUCACAGGCAUAUUUGUUUCCUGGUUUAAAUUCAGAGGUAAAAGAAGAAGUAAUAAGGAAUAUAACACCAAGGUAAGUCUGGUUACUACGAGUUCGUCAGAUGUACUCGUUGAAGGAAGCCCUGCCCAAGAUUUUGAGCUUCCCUUCAUCAAAUUUGAGGACAUUGAGACUGCGACACACAAUUUCUCGGAAGCGUAUAAGAUAGGACAAGGAGGCUUUGGCAAAGUUUAUAAGGCAAUGCUAGGUGGUCAGGAAGUAGCUAUCAAAAGGCUAAGUAAGGAUUCAGAGCAAGGAACUGAGGAAUUCAGGAAUGAAGCUAUUCUAAUUGCCAAACUGCAACAUAGAAAUUUGGUCCGACUACUUGGUUGUAGUGUUGAGGGUGGUGAAAAGAUCCUCGUAUAUGAGUAUUUGCCUAAUAGAAGCUUGGAUGCCAUUCUUUUCGUGCUUUGUUUCGAUAUGCAUGCAGAUAGCUCAAGAAAAACGUCAUUAGAUUGGCCAACGCGAUUUAACAUAAUAAAAGGGGUAGCAAGAGGACUUCUUUACCUUCACCAAGAUUCAAGAUUGACCAUAGUUCAUAGAGACCUCAAAGCUGCUAAUGUUUUGCUAGAUGCAGAUAUGAGACCUAAGAUAGCAGACUUCGGCAUGGCAAGGAUCUUCAAUGAUAACCAGAAAAAUGCAAACACUCGGCGUGUCGUCGGAACAUAUGGCUACAUGGCUCCUGAGUACGCAAUGGAAGGAGUCUUUUCUGUCAAGUCUGAUGUCUAUAGCUUUGGUGUCCUGAUCUUGGAGCUUGUAACUGGUACAAAGAGAAGUAGUUUUAACACAAUCAAGGGUUUUCCAAAUCUUAUGAUCUACGCAUGGAAUAUGUGGAAAGAUGGGAAGGGAAAAGACUUGGUUGACCCAUCUAUUAUGGAUACUUGUUCACAGGAUGAAGUUUUGCUUUGUAGUCAUAUGGCACUCCUGUGUGCCCAGGAAAACCCAAAUGAUAGGCCAUUUAUGUCAUCUGUUGUGUUGGCCUUGGAGAAUGGAAGCACCACACUCCCAACACCUAAAAACCCUGGCCACUAUGCACAGGGCAGUAGUGAUAUGGAGCAAAUAAGAGACAGAAUUGACAAUUCCAUGAAUUCCCUUACUCUCACGAAUAUAGAGGGACGAUAAUCUUCUUCCUCUUCUUCUUUUAUGUAUUAUAUGCAUUGUCCAAAUUUUGGCUCAACAAAGGUCCUUUUCUUGGGUCUCCAAGUGACCAAGUCAUUUCCUUAG